UUUCUGCUUGAGGUCUCCCCUAACUCCAGCCCAAGACAAGACCGUUUUUUAGGCAACGAGUUAACGCUUGACAUGUCCCUGGAUUCCUUCGAUGACCAGUACGAGGGCUGUGAACAGACGAUGGAGAAGAUGAUUGCACGGCUAAACCAAACCGAGCUUCUCAAAAACAAAAUUUAUGCCAAAGCCUGGAAAUUAGCAGCCAACUUGAGGGAUGGUAGUAAAUGGCCCAGAAACCUCAAGCCAGAGUACGCUGCAGCAAUCUUGGCUUACACCUUUGAAGAACCCAAGUUGUAUCCUGAUUUCAACGCAGCUGUAAGAAAAGCUGGGAAAUCCAAGGAACAUUACCGGAAUAAUUUCGAUUUCAAGACCUUCCACUUUCUCCUGACCAGAGCCCUUCAGGAUCUGAGGACCUCCAGCCCCCCCUGCUACAAGGUGUUUCGUGGGGUCAGCAAUAUCCACUUCAGCGCUACUGUUAAGGAUACGGUCCGUUUUGGGCAAUUCACGUCCUCAUCACGGCAAGAGCGGAUCGCCCAUGGUUUCGCUGCAGAUCCUCAAUCGAAAGUUGGGCAGCCUGUGGCCAAAACCAUCUUUGAGAUUUACACUUGUCAUGGGGUUCUCAUCAGCGAAUUUUCGGACAUGCCCGUUGAGGACGAGGUUCUGAUCCCACCCUACGAGCAGUUCAGGGUGGUAAGUUCCAGAAAGGAUGUGGAUGGCACAACCCGCAUACAGCUCCGCUCUGCUGGAAAAUUCAGCAAAUACAACUGUGCAUAUGCAAGUGGUAAGAACCCAAGCAAUUACUCCUGGGAUCAGAGAAUAGAAAAGUUCCUUCCUUCCUUUUGA